GGGAACCUCGAGAAGUGAGCGCAGCAGAGGGAAACCACUCCUGGAUCGACGAGCAGCUUUUUAAAGGCAGGAAGCAGCUGCAGAUGAGCCGGUGUGAAGGGAGGGGGCGAGCGACAUAGACAAACACAGGGAGAGAGAGAGAGAGGGAGCAGCUGGAGGCGACAGAGAGCUUCAGUAGAAAGAGAGAGAGGAGGCAGCAGGACGGAGCAUGAAGGAGCUGCUGAGUUUCUGUUACUGAAGAAGAAAACUACAAGCCGGUUGCGAUGGGAAACACAGACAGUCACAGCAGCUUCGUCCCUCCUGCCAAGUCCUCCUGCUCGCUCAGGUUCUCCUCCAGGAGGGAGGAGGUGCCAUCAGCUCGCAGCUGGUGGAGGAGCAGCCAGGGAGGCUGCAGGAGCCGAGGGAGGAGCCAGCAGAACCAGCACGCCAGCGGCCUGCCGUACACCUCCUGGCAUUAUGAACGUGCGCCCAAACUGGGAGCUGGAUCUCCUCAGGGGUUCAUCAGAGGGGAGGCGCCGCCGCAGGGCGGCUGCAGGAGCCAGUUUGGCUUCUUGGAGAAUGGCGACGGGAGAAACAGGAUGUGUGGUGAGCGGACGUCUCUGGAGAGUGGCGGCAGCCCGAAGGUGCUGCUCAGCAAAGAUGGCAGCAUGAGGGUGGAGUUCACCAACACCAGGGUCGUCCCCAUGGAGACGCAGGGGCUCACCAGCCUCCCCGCCACCACUAACACUGCCGCCGCCGCCCCCGUCAGCGAUCCCUCGCUCCGCACCAGCAAGGGCAGCUCGCUCAGCUCUGACGGCUCCUGGUACGACUCGCCAUGGGGGGCCGGCGGCGAGCUGGCUGACAACGUGUUCGUCUGCGGGCAGAGUGUGGCUAACAGCAGUGGCUACGCCACCUACUCCUCCACCCGCACAGAGGAGACCGCCACCACUAGCAGCGGGUACAACACCUUCUUCUCAGCGCAGGUGGACAUCUCACCUGGAUUUACCUCCAGCCUCCUCUUCCCCCCCGCAGAGACCAGCGAGUUCACCUCCGCCACGGGUUACAACACCUGCUCCUCCGGGCGGACGGAGGACAGCGGCAUCGGGGACUCUGUGAUCCUGCAGCCCGACCUGAGCGACUUCAGCCUGGUGUCGCCUUCCUCCGCCUCACUGGACAACGUUUACUCCAGCCACAACACGCUGCCCGCCUUCCCCACCGCGCCAGACGCCUCCCUGCUGCAGCAGAGGGCCGCCAUCUCCUCCUCGGCGCUGCUGGAUGAUGUCAUCCAGGAGGAGGAGGGGUCGGGAGGUGGCGCGGAGCAGCGUUACACCUCCCUAACGCUGCCGUGUCGCAGGGUCGAGCCCGCCAACGCCACCUCCACCUCCGGAAACAACCGCAAAGACUUCCUGAAGAGCCGAAUCAGACGACUCAGCGACUGGACAGGAAGUCUGAGCAGGAAGAAGAGGAGGAUCCAGGAGCCGUACGGCGUCGACACCGGUGAUGUUUUCAUCAACGGGCUGGAUUCUGGGCUGCACUCUGGGCUGGCUGGCUGCAGCACACCGUGGUCCUCCAACUCUCUCCACAACCAGAACCAGCACCCAACAGUCCACUGUGGCUCCUCCAGAAGCCUGAACCAGAACCAGAGCGGCGACGCUCAGCGGCAGAACGUCUACGAGAACUUCAUGCAGGAGCUGGAGACGGGCCGCAGCAGCACAGCGGACCGGACCGAGCCCUCGGAGGGGGAUGGAGAGGAGGAGGAGGAGCGGGAAGAGGAAGAGGGGGAGGAGGUGAUGGAUGGGGAGGCGGGAGGAGGGGAGCAGCUGGACGUCCUGUUUGAGAAGGAGCAGGGCGUGGUGCGCCGGGCCGGAUGGCUCUCCUUCAAAGCUCUCAUUACCGUCAGCAAGGACAGGAAGCUGGAGCUGGUGGCUCGCCGCAAGUGGAGACACUACUGGGUCACGCUGAAAGGUUGCACUCUACUGUUUUAUGAGACAUAUGGGAAAAACAUCAGCGCCGAGCAGGAGCUGUCUCCUCGCUACGCUCUGCUGGCCGACGACAGCAUCGUCCAGGCCGUCCCCGAACAUCCCAAGAAGGAGCACGUCUUCUGUCUGAGCAACUCGCACGGAGACGUCUACCUGUUCCAGGCCACCAACCAGACCGACCUGGAGAACUGGGUGACGGCGAUCCACUCGGCGAGCGCCUCGCUGCUGGCCAAGCGUCAGGGCAAGGAGGACACGCUGCGCCUCCUCCGCUGCCAGAGCCGCUCGCUGCUGCACAAGAUCGACAUGGACGGGAAGAUGAAGAAGAUGGCCGAGCUGCAGCUGUCCGUCAUCAAGGAGCAGAAGAACAGGAAGGCCGUGGAGAGCCAGAUCCAGCAGUGGGAGCAGAACCUGGAGAAGCUGAACCUGGAUCUGUUCCGGCUGCGGUGUUAUCUGUCCAGCCUGCAGGGCAGCGAGCUCCCAAACCCCAAGAGCCUCCUCGCCGUGGCCAGCCGGCCCUCCAAGAGCAUGCUGGGACGUCUGGGAGUCUUCUCUGUGUCCUCCUUCCACGCCCUGGUGUGCAGUCGGGAUGAGGUGGUGCUGAGGCGUCGGUGCCGGUCCCUGUCAGGAGGGACCACCAGGCGGAGGGGCCUGCCGUCCUCUCUGAAGGCUCUGGAUGGACUGAGCAGACGCAGGAGGGACAGCAGACACUCCACGUCCCAGAGACUCGACUGUGUGUCCAAACUGAGGGAGGCGGCGCCCUCUGCAGGACGUCCUGCAGCGCUGCAGGUGAGUGACGAGCUGCAGCUCCUCGGUGUUUUCACCCUGACCGUCUGUCGACACGACGCUGCCAAAGACUUUGGUUUUGCGGUGACUGGUCACGUGGACGGAGCGGGAAGAAGUCACGUCUACGUCAGCGAGGUCGACCCGCUGGGACUGUCGGCCAGAGAAGGCCUCAGGGCGGGAGACGAGGUCCUGGCUGUGAAUGGGGCCGCCGUGUCCGGACUGGACCUGGACCUGAUGCAGAGUCUCUUCAGCCACCAGAAGCUCCAGCUGCAGCUCAGGAGAGACGAGUCACCCGACCCCGUGGAGCCCGGAGACCCCUGCCAGCCCCCGGCCCCUCUGGACCUCCAGACCUGGACCGCCGGUACCACAAGCACCAAUUCAGAUUCUUCAUCUCCAGACGACGUCAUGCUUCCUGUUUUUGACGCCGUUUCAUCAAAACCCCAUGAGGACGCCGAGCAGCAGAGACAGAACGUGGACCGGGUCUACUCGCUGUACCAGACCUUCCCAGAAGGCCGAGCGGCAGAGGCUGACGUUCCCAGGAACCCGUACAGCAGAGAGGCCGGUCUGCAGCCCGCGAGCCCCGCCCACCUGAGCGUGUGUCAGCGUCUGCGUAAAGUCAUCCAGGAGCUGGUCGACACCGAGAAGUCCUACGUCAAGGAUCUGGUCUGUCUGUUCGACGUCUACCUGACGCCGCUGCAGAGGGAGACCUUCCUCAGUAAAGACGAGAUGGAGGCGCUGUUUGGCAGUCUGCCCGAGAUGUUGGACUUCCAGAGAGUUUUCCUCCAGACGCUGGAGGAGAGAAUCGCUUCCUGUCCGAACUUCAGCCACCUGGAAACACCUGGACAGUUCAAGAAACUCCUCUUCUCGUUGGGAGGAUCUUUCCUUUACUACGCCGACCACUUCAAGCACUACAGCGGCUUCUGUGCAAACCACAUCAAGGUCCAGAAGGUCCUGGAGAGAGCAAAGACAGACGCAGCCUUCAAGCACUUCCUGGAGGCGAGGAAUCCGACCAAUCAGCACUCAUCCUCUCUGGAGUCGUACUUGAUCAAACCUGUUCAGAGAGUCCUGAAGUAUCCACUGCUGCUCAGAGAGCUGGUGUCCCUGACCGACCCCGAGAGCCCUGAACACACACACCUGACAGAGGCGCUGAGAGCGAUGGAGAAGGUGGCGAGUCACAUCAACGAGAUGCAGAAGAUCUACGAGGACUACGGCUCCGUGUUCGACCAGCUGGCUGCAGAGCAGAGCGCACCUGACAAACAGGUGGCAGAGAUCUCGAUGGGGGAGUUCCUGGUCCACUCGUCGGUGAUCUGGUUGAACCCGCUGCCCUCUCUGAGGCGACUGAGGAAAGAGCCGGAGCUCACGCUGUUCGUGUUCAAACGGGCCGUCAUCCUGGUUUACCGUGAGAACAAGCUCAAGAAGAGGAUGGCCGGCUCUCGCUCAGCAGAUCUGGACCCCUUCAGGUUCCGCUGGUUAAUCCCAGUGUCAGCGGUUCAGGUCCGACCGGCCAACAUUGCAGGCUCGGAGAACCCGUGUGUUUGGGAGCUGGUCCACAGCCGGUCGGAGGUGGAGGGACGGCCGGAGACGGUGUUUCAGCUCUGCAGCAGCGGUCUGGAGACGAAGGCCAGCGUCCUGCGAGCUCUGCGUUCCCUCCUCCGAGAGCGAGCGCCCGCCGGCUCCCUGAGGAGGACCAGGCUGUCGACGGCGGAGAGGAGCAGCUCCUGGAGGAGGAGGCAGCAGAGGACGAACCACCGCCAGCCGGAGGAGAGCUGCAGACCCGACGGCGGCUUCCUCCUGGGAGAAACCUGCUCGGAGCCUCUGCUGCCCAGCAGGGCCGCCCUGGACCCUGCGGGGAAGAGGACCAGACUCUGCUCCCUGACCAGCGAUCUGGAGGCUCAGCUGCAGAGGCUGAACGUCACCGAGGAGGAGGCGGAGCGAGGAGCGGCAGCGAGGAGAAGUCCUGGGGGAGAGGUGGACUUCAGCAGCCUGCUGGAGAGAGACUUCAGCGUUCAGAGCAUGACCUCCAUCAUCAACGAAGACUGUUUCUACGACACCAUGAUGGGGAUCCAGAAGCCCGCCGUCCCCUCGCUACACGGCUAAAGCUAACAUGCUAACGCGGAGAAGAGGAGCUGAAAUCUGCAGGAGAGAGAAACUAAACUUCCUGUCAGGCCUGAGCAGGUUCUGACAUGUGUCCUCCAUCAGCAGGACGUCCUCAGACCUCAAUCGUCAUUUGACACCACAUCAAACUGGAGGAUUCAUCACGAACACGCUGCCGGCUGAUCACGGACGUCUGGGAAAAUUUGAGAUGGCGCGACCUUUAGCAGCCGUCUGAUUGGCUGUGAGUUCAACAACAACGAUAACUUUUAAGAGGAAAUCCGAUCAGCUUUGACACUCGAGUUAAAAACAACUUCAACAGAGUUUUACAGCCGCUGGGAGGAAAAACAUAAUAUGUGAACAAAAUUAUAAAUUUUACAAGAAAAAGUUAAAAAUCUUUUAGAGAAAUGUUGACGUGUUAUUUUAAUUCUCAUCACAGUAACAGCUGAGCUCAGUCUGUCACUUCACUCCUAAUGUUGUGGCUUUUUUCCUCACAAAGUUCUAACUUUAUUCUUGAAUAUUAAAAUUACAGUUAUUCUCAAAAAAUCUUGACUUUCCUCUCAAAAUAUUUACUUUAUAUCUGAAAUAUCUUGCAAAAAUGUGACUUUAAUUCUCAAAAUCAUGGCAUUUUUCUCAGAGAACUUUUAAAAACAUUUUAUCUGCGCUAAGUAGGACUUUAUUUCCACAACAUUAAAAUCAUAAAUCCUAAAAGUUCAUGACUUAAUCUGAUUAAAUUAUGACUUUAUUCUUGAAAUUUACAUUUCACAAAAUACAUUUAAAUAAUUUCUCAUGAUAUUGAGAUUUGAGAAAUUUGUUUCAUGUAAAAUAUUUUGCCUGUGCGACUUUACUCUCGUAACAUUAUGACUUGUUCUUCAACAUAUUUUGACUUCAUUCCUCGCAGUGGCCAUAAACUCACCAAAGUCCAGAAGCUUCCUUCAUGUUUCAGGCUCAAAGCUGCACCAACAAACCUCCAGAACACUUUUUAAAACUCGUUCAUGACAUUUAACGAUUAAGGAAUCUUGUUUCCGGUCAGAAGAAAACCACAGAUGUAGUUUGUCAGGAAUCACAAAUAAAAAUGUGGAUUUUUCUUUUUGUAUUUUUGAAAUCACGCCGUGGAUUUAACAGUUUUUACGACGACCAGAGUCUUCAGGAAGCUCAAAGCUUUUUAAGUCACACCUCUCAUCACUUCCGACGAAUGUUGACUCUUGCUUUUUAGCAUCAUCUUGUAAAUAAUGAUUCUUGCACAGUUUAUUUUUCAGUUUGUAGUUUUCUGAUGUUUUCUCGACAAAAGCAGCUCGGAGCGAAGCUGCUGGAUCAGAUCGAAGCCUUUGUGUAUCUGCCAGGUUGAGUUAUUGUAUUUAUAUAUUUUGUAUCAUGUUUUGUAUUUGUGUAUUGCAGUUUUUUCAUUUAAAAUGAACUUUUCAAGUUAUUUUUAUUAACUGUUAAAGUAUUUGGUAAUUUAUUUUCUUAAAUAUUUGUGUACGUCUUUUUAACGACUUGAUGCUGUUAAAUAAAUAAAAAGUAUUUAAUUAAGAAGA